AUCUUUGUAAUUUAAUUAUAACAUAGUUAAGAUAAAAUAUAUAUAUUUUUUAAAUGUAUAAUAUAUAUAUAUAUAUAUAAAAUAUAUAUAUAUAUACGCAUAAAAAUAUUGUAUUUUAUAAAAAUUAUUAUUUUUUUAAUCUCAUAUAAUGCAAAUAAAUUUAGGUGAAAAUAGUAAUAGAUACAACACUGCUAGUUGUGUGAUUACUACAUGCGUCACCGGAAUCGAUACAUCUCGAACUCGAAUCCCAAAGCGAUAUGAUUGUCGAUUCUACCAUUCAUUGACGUUGUAGGAUGUCUAUAUUCUUUUCCACAGUAAUUUAGAUUAAACUUGAAAUCGAUAACAGUGAAAGAUAAUUACAAACAAAAAAAAAAAUGACAAAAUCAGAGAAUAUUUUCUUAUUUGUGCCUAAUAUUAUUGGCUAUGGCAGAGUGAUUUUGGCUAUCAUAUCUUUUUAUUUCAUGACAACUAAUUAUAUUAUUGCAUCAUGGUGUUAUAUUAUAAGUGCACUAUUAGAUGCAAUAGAUGGUUAUGCAGCAAGAUAUUUUAAUCAAGGCACCAAAUUUGGUGCUAUGCUUGAUCAAUUAACUGAUCGUAUUGGUACCAUGUGUCUUUUAGCUGCACUUUGUACAUUUUAUCCAUCUUACUCAUUUUGGUUUCAAUUAAGUAUGGCUAUUGAUAUUAGUUGCCACUGGAUAUAUUUGCAUACGUCUCUUUUACAAGGAAAAACAAGUCAUAAAUUUAUUGAUAUGUCUGAAAAUCCAAUUAUGAGGCUGUAUUACACUAAUCGUAAAGUUUUAUUUUUUAUGUGUGCUGGUAAUGAAGCCUUUUAUGCUGCAUUAUAUCUCCUUUUCUUUACUGAAGGACCUACUUUUGUUGGUAUAAGUUUAUUUAGAUUGGUAAUGUAUCUCUCUGCUCCUAUAGCAUUUAUUAAAGCUGCUAUCUCAUUGUUACAUGGAUAUAUUUCCUGUAUCAAUUUAAGCAUUAUUGAUCUCAAGGAAAGACAGGAACAUUCAAAAUUGAAUUAAGUUAUUGCAUUUAUUUAGCAUAUAUUCAGAUUAAAUGUGAUUAAUGAAUCUUCCUAAUUUACUAUUCUUUACAUGCAAAUAUAUAAUUAUAUAUUUACUAAUUGAUUUGAUUAAAUGUGCCAUAUUUGCAUCUUGAGUUGAUAAAUAACAAAAAAUAGAUGAUGCUAGUCAAAAUUUAUUUUAAUAACAAUAAUAACAGUUAUUUUAAUAAUAACAAAUAUAUACAUAUUAUACAUUUUAAGAAAUAUAUAUUUUAUGUAUUUUAUAUUAUAUUAAAGUUAAAAUCUUAAAAUAUUUAAACAAAUAUCAAUUUAAUCCAAUAGAUCUCAUUAUAUUUUUAUAUAUAAUAAUUAAUUUUAUAUUUUUAAAUAAUGCAUAUAACUUAAUAAUUUUUUUGAAAAAUAAAUGUUGUAGAAUGGCAUUAGGAAAAGAUUAAUAAGUAUAUUAAAUGUAAUUGAUUUUUAAAUAUUUUAAUGUAAUAUUAAAAAUAUAUUUCAGUUUAUCAACUGUAUAUAUUGUAGUUUUUGAUGUAUUUCAUAGUUUAUUGUUCAUUGAUGUAUCUAUAACAUAUAAAUUUAAUGGAAAAAAUAUAUAAAAUUUUGAGAAAAUAUUUAAUAAA